UUUCUGUGUUCAGACGUCAGCACAGAAUAAAAGUCAAGCUCCGUUCUUCUCGUCUCUCAAUUGUUGCUGCUUGUCGAGUCGCAUCGCUAAAAAAACAGAAACAUGAAGGUUUACCUGCUGCUGCUGCUGCUGCUGCCCGCAAUCUGUUCAGCUCAGAAGUUUAACAUUCAGUGUUACGGUGAAGACUUCCUGAAUGUCAACAACAUGCUGCUAACCUGCACCAGUAAAGUCCGCCAGGCCUGCUACACCAGAGAUAAUGGAGAAAAAGGUUGCACUCUGGAGCACAACUGCUCUAAACCCGGCUGGACCUGCUGUCACACCAACCAGUGCAACGCCUGAGCCAAUCACGGCCCAGGAAACACUGAUGACAUCAUCAAACACAUGAUAUGAAAUCAAAUUAGGGAGAGUUCCCAGAAUGCAAUGUGUUGCUUUUUCUGAGCUCAGUGUGUAAAUAUGAAUAUUUACAGUUUCUGGACUUUGAAUCAUGUUUCUGUGGACUUAAAUAAAUAAACUCAGAACUCUGAACUUUGA